CUCUCACCUGCGCGCCGGCGCUUCCGCAGGAAGAAGGAAGCGGCGCCGCCGUCGCCUCCCGGCGCUCCCUCCCCGCCUCCCAGGUCCGCCGGCCGCCACAAUGUCCGCCUCGGCUGUCUUCAUCCUCGACGUCAAGGGCAAGCCCCUGAUCAGCCGCAACUACAAGGGCGAUGUGGCCAUGAGUGAGAUUGAGAACUUCAUGCCUCUGCUCAUGCAGCGGGAGGAGGAGGGCGCCUUGGCCCCACUGCUGAGCCAUGGCCGGGUCCACUUUUUGUGGAUCAAACACAGCAACCUCUAUUUGGUAGCCACCACGCUGAAGAACGCCAACGCCUCCCUCGUGUACUCUUUCCUCUACAAGACGGUGGAGGUAUUCUCUGAAUACUUCAAGGAGCUGGAGGAGGAGAGCAUCCGAGACAACUUCGUCAUCGUCUACGAGCUACUGGACGAGCUCAUGGACUUCGGCUUCCCACAGACCACCGACAGCAAGAUCCUGCAGGAGUACAUCACACAGCAGGGCAACAAGCUGGAGACCGGCAAAUCUCGAGUGCCACCCACUGUCACCAAUGCUGUGUCCUGGCGCUCUGAGGGCAUCAAGUACAAGAAGAACGAGGUGUUCAUUGAUGUCAUAGAGUCUGUCAACCUGCUGGUCAAUGCCAAUGGCAGCGUCCUGCUGAGCGAGAUCGUGGGCACCAUCAAGCUCAAGGUGUUUCUGUCGGGAAUGCCAGAGCUGCGGCUUGGCCUCAACGACCGUGUGCUCUUUGAGCUCACUGGCCUUUCAGGAAGCAAGAACAAGUCUGUGGAACUGGAAGACGUCAAAUUCCACCAGUGUGUGCGGCUGUCUCGCUUUGACAAUGACCGCACCAUCUCCUUCAUCCCACCCGACGGCGACUUUGAGCUCAUGUCCUACCGCCUCAGCACCCAGGUCAAGCCGUUGAUCUGGAUUGAGUCCGUCAUUGAGAAGUUCUCCCACAGCCGUGUGGAGAUCAUGGUCAAGGCCAAGGGGCAGUUUAAGAAGCAGUCGGUGGCCAACGGCGUGGAGAUAUCCGUGCCCGUGCCCAGUGAUGCCGACUCCCCGCGCUUCAAGACCAGUGUAGGCAGUGCCAAGUACGUGCCCGAAAAGAAUGUCGUUAUUUGGAGUAUUAAGUCCUUCCCGGGGGGCAAGGAGUACCUGAUGCGCGCCCACUUUGGCCUCCCCAGCGUGGAGAAGGAGGAGGUGGAGGGCCGGCCCCCUAUUGGGGUCAAGUUUGAGAUCCCCUACUUCACUGUCUCCGGGAUCCAGGUCCGAUACAUGAAGAUCAUUGAGAAAAGUGGUUACCAGGCCCUGCCAUGGGUUCGCUACAUCACCCAGAGUGGCGAUUAUCAACUUCGUACCAGCUAGGAGAGAGAAGAGGUGGGGCCUAGGCAUGGGGCCUUCCCUCUCCCCAGGCUGGGACUGUAGACUUCCUGGGAGGAAGAUGGGGGAUGUGUGUGAGGGAAGGCCCCUGACUUAGCCGUUUCUUGCUCCCAGCACCCGGCAUCGUCCCUGCCUUUCUCUCUACCCACAGGCUAGGGGGAACAGUCUCCCCACCUCCCUCUGCCUCCGGGCUCCCCACUCCUCCAAUUUUAUAUGAAGAAUAGAGGAGGGUCUUGAAGCCCCCCUCAUGAGUGCCUUCUUGCAGUGACCUGCCUUAGGGGUGUCGGGGCUCCUCCUUCACAGCUGCUGAGCCCAGAGGCCACCCUGGCCCACCCUGAGUUUUAGGAUGGUAUUAAAAAGAAUGAAUCUG